CUCACUGAGCAGAAAGUCAUUUCUUUCCAUGGCUGCCUCACACAGCUCUUCUUCUAUUCAGUAUUUGUCACCACGGAAGCCUUCUUUCUGGCCAUCAUGGCAUACGACCGCUGCGUGGCCAUCCGCUGGCCUCUGCACUACUUGGUGGUCGUGUCCCGCAGGGUCUGCAUGCAGCUGGUGGUUGGCUCCUACGUGGCUGGCAGCCUGAACGCCUUGGUGCACACCACAGCUCUCCUCCAGCUGUCCUUCUGUGGCCCAAAUGUGCUGAAACAUUUCUACUGUGAAAUCCCACCGCUCCUGCAGCUCUCGUGCACUGACACCUGGCUCAACCGGGUCUUGAUGCUCUCGUGUGCGGGCUUCCUCGUUGCCUUCUUGGCCUUGGCCAUCCUUGUCUCCUACACAUUCCUUCUGCUCACCGUCUGCAGCAUCCGCUCUGCGCAGGGCCGGCACAAAGCCUUCUUCACCUGCACCUCCCAUCUCACCGCUCUCAGCCUCUUCUGUGGCUCUGCAGCUUUCUUGUACCUCCACCCUCUCUCCAGUCGCGUGGAAGAGGAAAGGAAAACAGCCUCCGUCUUCUACACGGUGGUGACCCCCAUGCUUAACCCCUUCAUCUACAGCCUGCGGAACACGGAGGUGAGGAGUGCUCUGAGCAGAGCUGUGAGGAAGGUCCCCUCCUGCAGCCAUUGCCAGCAGUCUCCCUUCAACCACAUUCCAACAGGUGCCACACAUCACAGCAGAUCGUUGGACGCCUGAUGCAACAGGGGCAUUGUACGUUCCUGCACCUCUCCUGAGAAGAACCUAUUUUGCCUUGGGCUGGGCAUUGUGUGGAUGAUGCUUUUCCAAGGGCUGAGUCCACUGGAGAAGGAAUGACUUGUAAUUUUGAAUUUAGGUAGGAUGAAGGAAAGGAAGAAGAGCAGUAGUAGAAACUCUUCCACUGCUGGUGAAUCCU